AAACACUCUUAUAGGUGGCUAGAUUCAUCAUUAUCGAUCAUGGAACAGGGUAUUCGAGAAUUUGACACUUUAUGUUUGCGGUUUAAAUUUUAUUCAUUUUAUGAUUUGAAUCCUAAAUAUGACGCUGUUCGAAUUAAUCAAAUAUAUGAACAAUCAAGGUGGCAAUUACUUAAUGAAGAAAUUGACUGCACCGAAGAAGAAAUGCUCAUGUUUGCUGCCUUACAGUUACAAAUUAGUUUACAAGGCAUUGAGCCACAGCACAUUUCAGAAAAUGGAAAUUUUCAAUCUGGUAAUGAAGACGAUAUCGAUGCAGCUCUUUCAGAUUUGCAAAACACAUUAGAAGGUGCUAAUAUAUCCUUUCAAAAUGACAUAACACAAGUGCCUGAACUGUGUGAUGAACUCAGAUUUUUGAAGCCUAAAAGGUACACCUUGAAAGCCUUUAAGAAGUAUUGGUUUACUUGUAAAGAUCUGCAUCUAUACUUGUACAAAAGUAAGGAAGAAAUGAUACAUCAUGGUGUGCCGGCUCAUUCUAUUAAUCUGAAAGGCUGUGAAGCAACUCCUGAUGUAAAUAUCGGUCAAAAUAAAUUUGGCAUAAAACUGGAAGUGCCUAGUUCAGAAGGAAUGUGUGAAAUAUACAUUCGAUGUGACGAUGAACAUCAGUAUGCUAAGUGGAUGGCUGCUUGCAGAUUAGCAUCUAAAGGAAGAUCAUUGGCUGAUAGUUCUUAUAAUUCGGAAGUAAAAACCAUACUUGACUUUCUACAAAUGCAAAAACCAACCAACAGUCCUACAGUUGACCCAAACAGUUAUAAUAUUCAACCAGAAGAUUUUGUUGCUCCUAGGUUUCUGAGAAAGUUAAAAGGAAAGCUAGUUCAUAAGAUAUUAGAAGCUCAUGCAAAUGUGAAACAUCUGCCUUUAAUAGAAGCAAAACUAAAUUAUAUAAAAGCUUGGCAAUCAUUACCGGAAUAUGGUGUUACACUGUUUGUUGUAAGAUUUAUGGGAUGCAAAAAAGAUGAACUCUUAGGGGUCGCUCACAAUCGUCUCAUGAAACUGGAUAUUAAUAAUGGAGAUCACCUUAAAACUUGGAGAUUUAAUAAUAUGAAGGUAUUUUAAAUUUUUACCGAAUUUGUGAUUAUUUA